AUGGAGCCGUCGAGUCAGCGCGGUCGCCGAUCCCAGUCGCGCUCUGUCUGGGGUUGUCUUACCUGCCGACGAAGAAAGGUCAAAUGCCAGGCCAGGCGAAUCCCCUGUGAUGCGUGCCACCGCCUGCAACUUACCUGCACUCCAUCUUUCCAUUCCAACUUCAAACAAUGGAAGAAGCACGAAUUUGUGCCAACAGAGACCAGAGGCACCUCGGAAAACCCAUCACCAGAUGCGAGUCCAAGCCAGCAGCAGAACCACCCAGGGUCACCGGGGAUACGCACACCCUCAGACACCUCGGACAACUUGGGAGGAAGCCCGAUUGGCCUCGUAAACGACGCGAAUGACCGGAGCCUGGUUGACGAUUUGACUGUCGCGGCUGACUGGGAUUUCAGUCAUCCAUGGAACCGCUUCGCAACCGUCCUUCCAGAGGGAUUGGUCACCGGCGACGAGCUAUCUGCAUCUUAUCAUCGCCUAGCAGAUUUCAAUGACGGUCUCUUUGACGGCGUGAUCGGGAAUAUCACAGAAGACGCUCCAAUAGAAGGCUCAAUGGAUGCUACACAGUCUGCGUAUCCGUCUCCCAAUUAUCCGGGCUCUGAUCCCAACUUCGGAAACCAAUCGCUCUUGUCUUUGAUGACAGACACAGACUGGUUGAGCAUAUGGCAAAGUCCAAGCCUCAUCCAUUCCCCGACUUCCCGACCUGACGACACACCCAAACUGAUCGACUAUUACAAGCGAAACCUCUCAACUUUCUGGAGCUCUGUGCCGACAGCCUGGAGCUUUUAUGGAUACGCCAUCAAAGCGACCGAAAACAUCUUGGAUUCCCCCUUGCGCCACAGCAUCCUUGCAUGGAGCUCUGCACACCUCGUCGUCAAGGGCGAGCGCGCAUUCGCUGAUCUUCAAAUGCAACAUUAUGCUAGGGCAAGCUCGAUAGUCGACAGCCUGGUGGAUGCAGUGCAAGAGACGACUCUCGUGCCCCCAUCGACAACAUCGCUUAACAUGAACUUACGCAUGCUGCUCUCCACUUCCCUCUUUCUCUGUUACAGCGACCUCGUCUCCGGAGACACUCGGGCACUUGCAGAUCGACUAAGCCGCAUAGAAGCGAUGCUAGAGACGCACUGGACACAGCUUGAAAAGGCAUUAGGCUCCCUAGAGCUUCGCAUCUUGCUGUGGCUGGCUUACGUUCAUCUGCGAACAAAUAUGUGGGGAAGGAUUACGCCCUUGCUGCCGACUACAGGCCAAGCGCCAAGUCAGAGCUCUCGACGAAUGGAAACACACGACCUUUGGGAUCUCCUAAUGAAGAAGAAGGGACUGGCCGAUAUGCGAUGGACAUCGGGUAAAGGGUACUACUUGACAGAUUGCUAUGGGUCGUCAUUACCGAAAGAGAGGCUCGAGGAGUGUUUGCAACUAGAGCCGUAUAAAAUGACAUCGGACGAUGCCAUGGGUCUGUACAGCACUAUCCGUGAUUUCGAGAUUUGGGAGAAGGAGAUGCAAUCAAGAAACGUGGUGGACCAGUCUCUUGUCGAAGAGCUGCGAACGGCCAAGAUACAGGCGAUCAAGGCCAACAUUGCCCGCAUCCAAUCAGAACUCAAGAUGAUCCAUGCUGAGCGUCUUCAGUCCGCGUCAGCGCCCGAGAGCGUUGAGCUGACCAACUUUCAGUUUCUUGUCACGUCCACAGUCUGCCUAUCUGCCACGAUACUGCUGAAUCGGGCUACGGCGCCAAACAUCCGCAGCGAUGCUGAGACCCAGGCUAUCGCUGUCGAGAUCGUCCGCAUUGUGCGACGAGUACGCAAGACUGGAUACCUCCUCUCGCCAAGGACGCUCGUGUGGCCGUUGCCCAUCUUCAUCGCGGGUAUCGAGGUCACCGACGAGAUAUACCUUGACUGGAUCGAGGACUACAUGCGGGAGCUCGCAAACCAAGGCUCGAGCACCAAGAAGGCUGUCGAGUUAUUGAGACGAGUCAAUGCAAAGCAAGACUUGGAAGGCAGAAGGGUGAAAGUCUGUGACGUGAUGCGGGAGUUCAACGAAUUAGUUACGAUAUGA